AUGUCUACUUUCGGUCGGAUGUUCCGUGUAACCACCUACGGUGAAUCUCACUGCAAAUCUGUCGGCUGUAUUGUCGACGGUGUCCCUUCAGGAAUGACUCUGACUGAGGCCGACAUCCAGCCUCAGUUGUCGAGAAGAAGACCGGGCCAAUCCAAACUUUCGACCCCAAGAAACGAAAAGGACAAAGUCGAGAUCCAGUCCGGUACUGAGUUCGGAAAGACGCUGGGCACGCCUAUCGGCAUGCUCGUCAAGAACGAGGACCAAAGACCUCACGACUACAGUGAAAUGGACUUGUAUCCUAGACCCUCCCACGCGGAUUUCACUUACCUGGAGAAAUACGGUAUCAAGGCUUCGUCUGGCGGCGGCCGUGCCUCUGCCAGAGAAACCAUCGGCCGUGUUGCGGCCGGUGCCAUCGCAGAGAAGUUUUUAACGCUUUUGUCUAACGUGGAAAUCGUGGCAUUUGUCACGCAGAUUGGCGCUGUCAAGAUGAACAGAGACCCGCAGGACAAAACUUUCCAACAUAUCCUCGACACCAUCACCAGAGAAAAAGUCGACGCUGCAGGCCCCAUUAGAUGCCCUGACGCUUCCGUCGCAGGUGCAAUGGUGCACGAAAUCGAGAAAUACAGAGGCGAAAAGGACUCCAUCGGAGGCGUCGUCACAUGUGUUAUAAGAAAUUUACCUACGGGACUUGGUGAGCCUUGUUUCGACAAGCUUGAAGCGUUGCUUGCACACGCGAUGCUUUCCAUCCCGGCCUCCAAGGGUUUCGAGAUCGGGUCCGGUUUUGCCGGUGUCGAACUGCCCGGAUCCAAACACAACGACCCGUUCUACUUUGACUCUGAGACCAACCGACUCAGAACCAAGACUAACAAUUCCGGUGGUAUUCAGGGCGGAAUCAGCAACGGUGAGAACAUCUACUUCUCCGUGCCAUUCAAGUCUGCCGCCACCAUCUCUCAGGAACAACCAACCUCUUCUUACGAUGGUAAAGACGGUGUGCUUGCAGCCAAGGGAAGACACGACCCCUCGGUCACUCCCAGAGCCGUGCCUAUCGUAGAGGCCAUGUCCGCUUUAGUUUUGGCUGACGCCGUGCUAAUACAAAAGUCUCGCGAAGCGGCUACCAAGAUUGUCGCUUAA